AUGAAUUCAGCACGUAGUAUCAUUUUUUCAAACGAGGACAUGGGCGGGUCGUCUACAACAAAAGAAAGCACUCCAUCUUCUAUGCGAGUCCGUCUGGCACGCGAAGCCGACAUUGUUGGGAUUGCGAAAAUAUGGCAUGAAGUGUAUCACCUAUCGCAUGGCGAAAUUCUUCCUGGUGAAUUGUUAAAGUAUCGGGAUUAUGACAGUUUCGAGCGCCGUGUGCCUUGGGACCUUGCGAGAACCAUCGUAGUGGAACGUUCUGACGAAGACGGCACUUCUUCGGUACUGUCAAAAGAAACAAAUUCAGGUUAUCCGAAAAGUGAAGAAAAAACAAUAUCAAGGGGCCCUGAAGAACAGUGUACAACAUCUAGUGAUGUUGUUAAAAAUUGUGAAAGCGGCUGCAUAAAAACGUGUGUCAGCUCGAACUUAGUGGGUUUUGUGUCUACAAAAUUCAACGAGGUGAUGCAUCUUUUUGUGCGGGAGCGUGGGCUUGGUGCGGGGUCGCUCUUGCUUCGCGCCGCGGAAGCACAGAUCUUGGCAAAUGUUCAAGCUACGAGUGGAAAACAGGAGACACAAGAAGGAGACCCUCAUUGCUCUCUGAAGGAAGGGAAGACCAAAGGAGCCGCACAAAGUCGUGAAAAAAGUGAAAACGGUGGAGAAUCAGCAGUGCAAGCUUUCCUUUACGUGGCGGAUGGCAACUUCUCUGCACAAAAGUUUUAUGAAAAACAGGGAUGGCGCUACGCGCGCGAGGAAGUAAGUCAUCGUGAAAUUUUUGAUGAGAAUGGAAAUCUAUCCACCUUCCCCUUGAACUUGCUUCGAUGGGAAAAAACGCUCGUCAAACAAGACCUAAAGAAUGACAUGACGAAAAACGAAUGA